AUGGAUAGAGACACUAAACUGGCUUUUAGGCUAAGGGGCAGUCAUUCAAGAAAGACAGACGAUAUAGAUGAUGAUGUUAUUGUAUUUAGAACCCCGAAUGCGCUUUAUAAAGAGGAGGACUCGCCCAUUCAAUCACCUGUUCAACCCCUUUUGUCUUCACCAAAACGUGCAAAUUCUUUUGAGUUUCCUAUUGAUGCUACUAACGUAAAUGCGCAGGAUCGCUAUGAACAUGAGUAUCAGCCCAUGGAUGCAGAAGACUACCCCACGGUCGAAAGUCCUACAAAUGAAUCGCCGCAAAGUGUGAGGGAUGAUGAAGAUCUCACUACUCGGUAUAAUUUCGAUGAUAUACCUAUUAGACAGCUAUCAUCCUCCAUCACUUCUGUAACCACAAUUGACGUGCUAUCUUCUUUGUUUAUAAAUUUAUUUGAAAAUGAUUUAAUUCCACAAGCCUUAAAGGAUUUUAAUAAAAGUGACGAUGAUCAAUUUAGGAAGCUAUUGUACAAAUUAGAUCUGCGGCUCUUUCAAACUAUAUCAGAUCAAAUGACUAGAGAUUUGAAAGACAUACUGGACAUAAAUGUAUCGAAUAAUGAGCUCUGCUAUCAAUUAAAGCAGGUACUUGCUCGAAAGGAAGAUUUGAAUCAGCAGAUAAUAUCGGUACGAAAUGAAAUCCAAGAGUUGAAAGCCGGUAAGGACUGGCAUGAUUUACAAAAUGAACAAUCUAAAUUGAACGACAAAGUGAAGCUGAAUAAAAGGUUAAAUGAUUUGACAUCUACUUUGUUAGGCAGAUACGAGGCGGGUCGCAACAUCAGGAGCCAGGAUAGCGAGGACGAUUCAAUACGGGAUGACUCAAAUAUUUUGGAUAUCGCACAUUUUGUAGAUUUGAUGGAUCCGUAUAAUGGACUUUUGAAAAAAAUUAAUAAAAUUAAUGAAAAUCUUUCUAACGAAUUACAACCAAGUCUAUAG